GCCUCCAUUCACGAUCUUCGCUUGCUGUUACAGCGGUUUGCUUUUGAGAAGUCGUUUAGCGAAGACACUGGUGGCGGGGGUCGAGACUCGAACAUCAAAUUUGUUCCCUACGCAAUGCACAUGAUCCUCUAUGUACUAAACACGUAAGGUUUAGAAAUCUGUUCUCAUCUAUACAGGGUUAAGACAUCUUAGGGACCGUGGACAAUGUGUCUACUUUUCAAGGGUAUUCGUUUUGACCGUAGAGUAUUACCACGUGCACUACCUACUAGUUCAUUCAUUAUCCGGGAGUUUAAUGUGCAUUCAAUCCAAGUAAAAUCGUCUAGCUCUCCUAAAUGGUGGAUUUGGCAGAUCUUCAUUGCGACAGCGACGGCAACGAGGACAUAAAAAACCAGUAGGUUUAGGUUCGGAAAACAAGAAUAAUUAAACAUUUCCUUGCCGCCGUUGUACGACUACGACGUGAAACUUCCUAAUAUCGCGUUUUAUGGCCGAGGACGUGAACACAAGGCAAAUACUUUACUUUUCUUCUUUCCGAACUUAGGUACAGUCCAUUAGAGAACAUUUCGCCAACAUUUGACGAGUGGAAUGAGGUGCAAUAACAGUGAUGAAGUGUGAAACAUCGCGUUUUGACUUCUUAAGUGACGUUUUCGCAGUUGUCGCCUUCGCGGGUGUUUAAGCUCUCUGUUGGCUCGACUUUUGCUCCCUCAAAGUAAAAUUUAGCUAGUGGUUGAGUGUUUCGCUGAAAAGUCGUUUCGUUUUGAUGACAUGGAAACGAUAAUAGGCGAGUGUAAAUUUUUAACUGUUAUGUCAAAGAACUGUGUCAUCCUUCUUUGUAGAACGCGCCAGGUGAGUCGGGAAGAGAAAACCCUCAAGUCCUUCUUGGAUAUGUCUCCAGACAAAUGGGUUGAAGCAUCGUACGAGGUAUGCUGAAUCUUAAACGUUAACACUCUAAAGAUGGAUGAUGUUAUCUACUGGAUAAAUCGCUAUCCACUGCAGAGUAACGCAAUUGAUUUCCCUAAUGCUUAUCCACUAGAUGGUGAUUUAUCCGAUGGAAAGCGCUAUCCAACGUUUGAACAACAAUGGCCAGACCCAUUUCCUUUCAAAGAUUUUCACUCUCGCUAUGUACUUGUUAAACACCUAUUCUUCAAAAAUUUUUCUGUUCAUUUUGUCGCACUGAAACCAAGCAAUACUUGCCUGAUCGUACAAAAAAAUUUUCAACCCACUGACUUGAUAACGGAGUGAAUUGCUUUGUUGAUUUUUUUGCAGGUUGACAGUCCAUUAUUCUUGACAGUUCUAUCGCUGUUUGUUUACUCCUUGGAGCAAUGGAAUCAAUCGAAGAUCACUUACCUUAAAAGGCUUGUGGUCACUGCGCAUGCUCGACAUCUCUCACCAACAGGAACUUCCAAGUACGACUAUCCUUAAUUUAAUUUUUAAUCAGUGAUCCCGUUUGACGAAUACAGAGCGCAAGGAAACCUUCCACAUGAACUGUAAUGCUGAUUAGUCAUACUGUAAAAAUAAGGACACUAUAAUAUGAAUUACUGUAACUGCGGCAAGUUAGGAAAGCUUAUAAAAAUAUUAUACGCCCUUGAAAUGUUCAGUUAUGUCUUUGGGAGCUUAUUUUCUUUAUUUUCUGGGGUUUCCUUUUCAUGAAACUAUGCACUUACAGCUAAUGCUAUUGCGUACCAGAUAAGUAAUAAACUAGACUUGCCACAAGUGGACCAAUCGAAUUUCACUUUCACAGCAGAGAGCGAGCGGAGCGAGCUUUUUGAGCCCUCUUCACGGCUGAGUGAGGCGACGAAGUGGCGGGGCCAAAUUAAGUAGGACGAAGGACAUUUUUGAAGGUCUAGUAAUACACCAUUCAUUGGUCCUCUUUGUACACAGGAUCUCGGAUAUGACCCCAGCUUUGUUCUCUGUUUACCGACCGUAUAUCAUGUUCUUUGCGCUGAUCGACAAGUUUCAUCAGCUUUUGAAGGUAAGUGAGACUUGCUUUAGCUACAUGUGCUAAAUCCAUAAAUAUAACGUUCUGUCAACGAGUGACAAUCUCUUCCUGUACGUAUAAGCGAUUGCAACUCAUUUUAUUUGGGUGAACUGUUGGCACCUGUUCAACAAGGCGAUCAUGCAACUUGUUUGAAGGCUUGAAAUCCACCCCCUGCGAAUGCACAUUGUAUCUCUCGUUAGCGGAUAGCUCUUCUUGACAAAGGCUCGUUUGAACUCUCUGCGUAUGAGAAGUAUUCCCCUGAAAACGGCCACCUUCGGUUGCGGAAACGAUUUUUAGCUUUCCAAGAAUAUCGCUCAAGAGAACUUCGAUUGUAUCACUCAAAACUAAAGACAAUACUAUUGCCAAACCUUGGCACAAUGACCACCAACCACUGGAACGGAGGUAAAUGGCCGUUGAAGAAGAGUAGAAACCAAAUCGGGUCGAAAUAAUGUGGCCGUUUAGUUGUUGAGAGAGAGAGGGCUAUUAUUAGAGGUUCGAGUGAUCAGGAUAGAUGCUUGCAAAUGCCUCAUGUAUUCGUUAGUUUAAGAUACAUUGCAACGUUUUUAGCGCUAAUUAUUAACUCCUCUUUUGUUCCACAGAAAAAUCUGCCAGCGGAUAACAGUGCCUGCCCGCAAGGUAUGCUGGAGUACAUCCGAAACAAUGACGAGACGGUGUUGAAGGGUUGUGACAAGGUACGAAUUGAAAGAAAAUGAAUGAUCAUACUCUUAUUCUCUAAACCAGAUGAACUCGUGUAGAGAGAGCGACUAGUAGGAAAGUUUUUUUUAUUUUUUUUAUUUUAUUUUUUUUUUUUGCGCGUGGUACACAGUAUCGCUUGUAAGAAGAUGUUACUACUCAAUUAUAAACGUUUUCCUUUUACCACGGACUAGAGGGGACUGUAUCAAAAUUCAAGCCACCAAAGUUAUUUUUUUGCUACGUCACCAAACACGAGUCCAGUGCUUUACUUCAUCUGUGCAUGAAUGAUUCACAUGUAUGAAUAACUAUACACCCAACAAAUCAUGCAAAUGUUUCUGAUUACAGCAAACUCUUAUGUUUUGUUUUCUUCGACAGGUUCUGUCUUUUUACCAAGCAGAUCUGUUGCCUUCAGAAUCAGCCGCUGAGUUGUUUGAUGUGGCAGGUUAG